UCGUCAUUUUCGCGCACGAGUGUCCCCUCCACUAAGCAGUCUUAAGCCGAAACAAGUCGAUUGCUAUCGGAGCUGGUCGGUUUUCGGUUGGCGCACGUGUAUACAGGCUGAUUGUUAUUAGCUACGCAACUGACAACUGUUGAUUCGUACGUCGCGCGUCGUUUACGUUACUGUCUUGUGUUUUUUUUACCAAGUAUCUUAAGUUAUUUUAAUUUUUUUUUUGCGCCAGUGUUUGCGUUCUGUUUUAUUUUGACUGUCUAUUGUGUACGUUAAUUUAUUUUAUCCAAAAUGAGUCAAGAAGGUAGUGACAACACAGCCAUCCAACAAGGAACUGCCGGUUCUCCAAUGAAAAAAAACCCUCGUGGAAAAUUUGUUGGAUCUGGUCAAAAAAUGAUGAUUGUCAAUUUGUAUAAAACCAAAAUUGCACAACAAUCAAGUGGAGAUGGGCCAAAAUUGACGGCGAAAGAAAUGAUAAAAAAAAUAUCCGAAGAAUGUGGUAUCGGACAACGGACUGUGAGCAUUGCUCUGUCAGAAUAUCGCAACAAAGGAAUCGUGACAUCGCCAAACAAGACCAAAAUUAGACCGAAAGUGACAGAUAAAAUUGACGAGUUCAACCAAAAUGCUAUCAGACAAAAAGUACAUCAGUUUUGGCACAACCGUGAAAUCCCGACAUUAAAUAAAAUUUUAACAGCAAUAAACGAAGAUGAUAGUUUGCCGGAUUUUUCAAAAAUGUCUUUGUACCGAGUACUAAAACAUCUGAAUUUUGAAUAUGUUCGUAAGUCUCGGAAUAGCGCGUUAAUUGAACGCAAUGAUAUUGUAUGUUGGCGUCGAAGAUAUUUGGAAAGCAUUAAGCAUUACCGUCAGUUGGGUAGACCAAUAUAUUAUUUGGAUGAAACCUGGGUAAACGCAGGUGAAACUACAACACGUACAUGGGUGGACAAUACAGUGCAAUCGACAAGGGACGCAUUUCUACGGGGCCUUACAACAGGACAAAAGGCACCGUCUGGUAAGGGUAAGCGGCUCAUUGUUGUGCACAUCGGGUCAUCAGACGGCUUUGUUGCUGGCGGUCUCCUAUGCUUCGAGUCGAAAAAAAAUACACAAGAUUACCAUGACGAAAUGAACGGUGAUACUUUUUACGAGUGGUUCAACAAGAUUUUACCAUUAUUGAAUGAAAAUGCCGUGAUCGUCAUGGACAAUGCGUCUUAUCAUUCGGUGAAGAUGGACCCAUGCCCCGUUAUCUCCUGGAAAAAGGCAGAUAUUAUCAACUGGCUCGAAAAUAAAGGUGAGGUAGUUGAUCAUACAAAAGUUAAAUCCCAAUUAUUGGAACGUGUUCAAGUUUUAAAGCCACAAUACGAUCUAUAUGUAAUAGAUGAAUUAGCGAAAGCUGCUAAUAAAACGGUGUUACGUUUGCCCCCAUAUCACUGCGAAUUAAACCCAAUAGAACUCGCGUGGUCAUCGGUAAAAAAUUAUGUCCGUAUGAAUAAUACGACAUAUAAAUUACCAGAUGUUCGUAAACUAUUGGAAGAAGGCGUAGAACGGGUUACUCCAGGUAUGUGGGAAAACUUUGUUUCCCAUGUGAUAAAAGAAGAAGAGAAAUUUUGGAAAAUUGAUGUUGUAUCUGAUCAACUUCUGGACGAAGAACAAGGAUCACAUGUCUUAACGAUUACAGGUGACACAAGUUCAGACUUCGAUUCCGAUUAAAUCAUUUGACAAUAAAAAACAUUUAUUAUAAAAUGAUUUAAUUUGAAUUCAGUUUAUAUAUAUUUUUAAUUAUGACUAUAUUACUGCAGUAUUAUUUAUUAUUUGUAAAAAUUGUUGUACAUAUUGUUUUUAAAUCAAUCGUAAGAUUUUGUACAUAUUAUAUAUUUUUUAAUUAAUAUUUUGACUAUAUUACUGCAGUAUUAUUUAUUAUUUGUAAAAAUUGUUGUACAUAUUGUUUUUACAAUACAAUUAAUAAAAUACUUAUUUACAAUUUCAUAACCAAAAAAAAAUUUUUUUUUGCUCCAAAUACGCAUCAACUGAUAUACGUGAAUACGUGAUUGCGCGAGCGCGUAAUAGUUUAAUUGUUUGAGCCGCUGUAUACACUAAUCAGCUGACUUUCGUAUGCGUUCUCUGGUGGUAUGGUGGGAGAAAUUUGGCCUCGGAACGACGGAGCGCGAUCAUUUGGAUGCGC